AUGCAUUGUAAUCAAACAAACUGCUUCAUGUUUCAAGCUGCCUUGCUGCAACGCUGGAAUUUGCCUUGGUUCAUGUGUGGCUUUUGUCCUUUCGUGCAGGCAUUGACUGUGAAUGUGUCGGUAUUCACACUCACUGCAAUUGCAAUUGACCGGCAUCGUGCUAUAAUCAAUCCAUUCAGAGCUCGUCCCACAAUGUUGGUGUCCAAAUUAAUACUCGUCGGCAUUUGGCUGGUGGCGCUUGUUUUCGCAACACCAUGCGCCAUAGCGUUCCGUGUGGAAUUGGAGCAUGAACGUUACAGUGAAAAUGGUAUAAUAUUCAAUGCCACACAACCAUUUUGCAUGAAUAAAAAUCUCUCUGAGGCACAAUUGCAAACAUACCGUUACACAUUGGUCUUUAUGCAGUACUUUGUGCCGUUUUGCGUCAUCUCUUUUGUUUACAUACAAAUGGCGGUGCGUUUGUGGGGCACACGGGCGCCUGGCAAUGCACAAGACACGCGCGACACAACAUUUCUGCGUAACAAAAAGAAGGUUAUAAAAAUGCUCAUUAUCGUUGUGGUUGUAUUUGGUUUCUGCUGGCUUCCGUUGCAACUGUACAAUAUUCUCUACGUAACCUUUCCAGAGAUUAAUGAAUACCAUUUCAUAAAUAUUAUUUGGUUUUGCUGUGAUUGGCUAGCGAUGAGCAAUUGCUGCUACAAUCCCUUCAUCUAUGGAAUUUAUAAUGAAAAAUUCAAACGCGAAUUUAACAAACGUUUUGCUACUUGCCUUUGUAAAACCCACACAUUACUAGAUGGCCAAGAGCGUACGCAAUCGAUGCAUACGCGAGUAAGUUCAGUACGAUCCAGCAGCAUUGUGCCGCCAAACUCAUCAAUGCGUGUGGGGAACAACUUUUAUGGAGCAAAAAUGCCAACGACAACCUUUUCCAAUAAUAAUAUCACUUCAUAUGGCAAUGUUUCUGGGAAUAAUGAAAUAGAUGAACAAUUACAUUUGAUUACAUACGAUACUCGGAUACAAAGAGAUAUUGGCCAGAACAACUGCGGUUUGACAAACACGUACAAGAAUAAUUCUAAGAAUUUUCACUUGCAACAAGCUGAUGCUAUUCAAAGAAACGACAAUGAACAAGAUGAGCUGUUAUAA